UGCAGUGAUUGAUUCUUCAGCGGCCCAUCUUCACGUUCACUUCAUCCUCCGGCCUUGUUUUACUAUCAAGCCAUUCGUAAACGACCCGCACCCAAAUGGCAUCUCCGACCACGCCGCCGCCGCCGCCGCCUCCUGGACGCGCAAUCCGAACACUCAUCCUUCUGCUUAUCAAAAUAAGAGGGAAUAGGCUCAUACGAAAACUUCUAAAGAAACAGACCGGCCCUUUUUAUAUCAAGGCCAGACAAGGAGGGAGCAUGACCGAAGCCAACACUAUACACUUCGUCGCCAACCACACGUCUAUACCCGUGCCGAAGAUAUACUACGCGUUCGUCCACAAAGGAACAGCAUAUAUAAUCAUGCGCCGUAUCAAGGGGCAAAUGGCAGCAUCUGAAUGGGCACUUCGUUCAGAUGAAUCGCAAACGAAGAUACUAGAGCAGCUACGCGGCAUGAUUACCGAGCUCCGCUCUAUUCCGCCGCCGGAAGGGACCAAGAUUGGUAGCAUCGACGGAGGGCCGUUCUGGGACUGUCGUCUGCCCAGGAAGUACUACUGGGGCCCGUUCGCUACUACACGCGAAUUCCAUCUCGCGCUAUCCGAUAAUAGUCCAUGGCACGCCAAAUGCCCCAACUUCCCUGACCUCGGCGAGCUUUUCGCAUUCUAUCAGCAAGCAGAAGAGAGCCAGUUGGUUCUCACCCACGGUGAUCUCAGCAGCCUCAAUAUUCUGGUCGAUGGGGAUACUGUCGUGGGCAUCGUGGAUUGGGAGACAGCAGGAUGGUUCCCGCCAUACUGGGAGUAUACAACUGCCAAAUAUGUGAACCCUUAUAACCCAUUCUGGGAGGAACCGGUCGAUCGUUUCAUAACGCCGAUGCCGCGGGAGUGGAAGAUGGAGACUAUCAGACGCAAGUAUUUUGGCGAUUUCUGAUGAGUUGGUGAGUUUCUGCGCCA